GAUAAAUUGAGUGUGCCAAGCUGGAGUGUUUGGGCAACUCUGCCUAUAUACAUGCAACUACCCGGAUAUUUCACGUUUAUAAGAAUACUAUUAUACUAAACAAACCAUCCCCUCAAAUUAUCGGUAUCUAUUACACCCUGGUUCACAUCUACCGUCUCGCUCUCCGAUAGGAAACCCUACACGUUGUAUUUAUAGUUGAGAUUCUAGAUAAAAUUGAAAUUGUAUUCGACGCAUACUCACCUAUAUCUCACCCCCCGCAUCGACUAGUCGACGAGGACACAACAUCAUUCAAACAUAUACUUGCUCUCAAACAGAAAUCAAUCACCAUGGGCAGCACGGAAGCGCUCUUCUCAGCAUCUCUCAUCUCACCAGAGGUUUCUGGUUCCUUCCCCGCAGACUUCACCAUCCGCCCAUUAGAGAAGGGAGACUACGCAAAAGGUUUCCUGGACUGCUUGCGCGUCCUCACAUGGAUGGGCGAAGUCAGCGAGGCCGAGUUCAACGAGCGGUUCGACGAGAUGCUAGAAGCGAAAGGCACGUAUUACUUCACGGUGAUCGAGCACGCGGGCCGGAUCGUCGGGACAGGCGCCUUAGUCGUAGAGAAAAAAUUCAUACACCAGCGCGGCAAGUGCGGACACAUCGAGGAGAUCUCAAUUGCGAAGGAGCACCAGGGUAAAGGGCUCGGGUUGAAGAUGAUCCAGACCCUGGACUCCGUAGCGAUUAAUCUGGGAUGUUAUAAGAAUAUCCUGAACUGUGGCGCAAAGAACGAGCCGUUUUAUAUUAAGUGUGGAUAUAAGAGCUCGGGGAUGGAGAUGUCGCAUUACUUUGAGGAGGAGCGUGAUGAGUAUCAUCGAGGAUAAUGGUAGGAGAGAGGAGAAUAGGGGGGUUCUUAGAUAAGGAGGCGAGUGAAUAGAAGGCAAGAGCCUCUGGGUUUAUUCUGAGUGUUAUCUAGCAAUAUUCGAAGUUAGUUGAGUAUUGCAUGAGCUAGUCGUUUAUUAUACCUAGUGCGGUCGGAAUGCGAACAGGAAGUAAACACUAUGCAGAAGUGGAAUGCUUAUAGAGGUUGUUGCUAAUGGCCUGUAUCAAGAGUUGGAUAUAAUUCUAACAAUCUGGCUUGAUACUACUGAAACCUCUAGGCAACAACUAGGCUCUACUAAGGUAUACUACCUAGGUCGCAAGUCUUGUUGCGGU